CCGUUGGCACUCCUGGCAAUCCGCCACAGUCCGCCGUCGACCAUCGGUGUCAGCUGGACGGUUCCGUCAGAUGGUGUCGUGAAUCCCGUAAAAUCACAUCGAUCGGUGCACGACGGAGACAGAGUCAAGAUGAGCGGUGGUAUGCCAGAGCUGGGCUCGAAGAUCAGCUUGAUCUCGAAGGCGGAUAUUCGUUAUGAAGGUCGUUUGUUCACUGUCGAUCCACAGGAGUGCACGAUUGCCUUGGCUAACGUGCGCUCUUUUGGUACUGAAGAUCGAGAAACUCAACUUCCUGUGGCACCACAAAAUCAAGUAUAUGAAUACAUUCUGUUCCGUGGUUCAGACAUUAAAGACAUCAGAGUUGUCAACAAUGUUAGUUCUAUUCCCAAUGAUCCGGCAAUCGUGCAGAUGACAGUGCAGCCAUCUAUGAGUCAGCAAUCGUAUCAACCACAGCCCAAUUAUGCUCAUCCAAUGAUGGGCCAGAUGGGCCCGAUGGGUGGUCAAUAUGGAGCCCCCUACGGCAUGGGCAUAGGAGCUAUGGGUCCGGUAAUGGGAAUGCCAACUGCAGCUAGAGAUCCUCGCGGACCUAUGAAUAAACAGCCAAGUGAGUUGAGCUUGGGCUCUGCUGAACCCAAUGCCAUCUCUAUCCCAAACUCACUGCCAACGGCCAAUAUCGACCCAUUACCAAAAGAUCAAUCUCUGGAAGAUGGUGUAUUGGAUCUUAUCAGCGGUGGUUCUCGUUCUACCACUCCUACAUCAUCCUUAUUGACAAGGAAAAGUCCAACUAUGGAUCAAGGUAUUCAAGUAGGACAUGAACAACAGCAGCAGGGCAGUAACAUUGGCAAAUUGAAUGACAAGACAAAUAUCAGGACCGUCCAACCGCCUCGUCGAGACCAUGACAGCCAUGGUAACAAGACUAACGCGGGUAUGUCUCAAUAUAACGAGAAGAGAGAUAUGAUAAAGCAAGAUGGCCAGAAUCAAGGUCAUGUUCAAGGUGGUCGAGGCAACCGUGGUGGUUGGGUAAAUCGUGGCAACAUGAGAGGUCGAGGAGGUAGAGGACGUGGUGGUUUCCGCACGAAUCAAGCAAACAACGCUGGUGCCAAGCCUAAGACACUAAAGUUUGAUAACGACUAUGAUUUCGAACAAGCUAACACUGAGUUCGAGGAAUUAAGAUCACAAUUGGCGAAAACGAAAAUUGAUGGUGCUGACAAUGAAAAGAAAGACGAUAGUGGAAAUGAGACAGGUGCUGGUGAAGGUGAACCCGAGGAGGAACCGGAAAUUGUUCAUUACGAUAAGUCGAAAUCAUUCUUUGAUAAUAUUAGCUGUGAAGCUGUUGAAAGGAGUAAAGGGCGAUUCCAACGCACGGAUUGGAGAACAGAACGAAAGCUGAAUUCAGAAACGUUUGGUGUGGCUUCAACAAGGCGCGGAGGAUUCCGUGGCCGUGGUUACUAUAAUCGUGGAAUGGGAGGAAUGUAUAGGGGCAGCGGUGGUGGUAACAACGCUGGAUUCCGUGGUGGCUAUCGAGGUAGCAGGGGCGGUAAUCGCAAACCCCCUAACCAAUUACAGAAUAACAUGGGAAGUCAAAAUCGCGCGACCAACGAACAGUCUGCCUCUCAAUCGCAGACGAACGUUAUCUAAAUAAAGAAAAGAAAAAUGUAAUUUGUCACCGGUAUGGCGUGAAAAAGUAAAAAGUAAUAUGCCGGGGAGAAAGCGAUGCGCUGCUCUAUGUAUAAGUAUACACAACUAUAGAUUAAGAUUUUUACGAUAUGCUCUACCGUUAUGGACUGAUUUGGAUUAGAAUUUGGCAGUUGGAUAAAAGAAAAUAUACACGGCCGGAUUAAAUGUAGAUUAUAUUACAUAACGGAGUGCGUUUGCAAUCGCCAAACCGGUGGUUAUGUGUUUAGGUGACAAGAAUUGCAUACGUGGACACUGCUGGCGCAUAUGACUCUUUGCAUCGAUAUUUUGCGACUAAAUGAUCGAAGAAGGUACUUUUAGAGACGAAUUUUCUUAUCGCUUAGUCGACAAUGAUCACGAUGAAUUGGCGUUAAAAGAAUAGAACGUUUUUAUCAAGGAAGCGAAGUCAAUUAUGAUUAAAACGUUCCUUGUUCUUCUUUUUUAUAUUGAUACUUAUUUGUGUGAAUUCAUAUCUAAGAAAUCAGGAAAGGAAAUUACUUGUGAGAGGACUAGUCGUAAGUUUUACUUGAAGUAAAUGUCUUGUUAAUAUAAUUCUUAAUGAAAUAUGAAACCGCUUUAAACAAAUCAGUGGUGUAUCUGUCUGUAGUUAGAAAAAAAUUGUGUACAAUUCGAUCGUGAUCAUUCUUUAGUCCAGUUUUCUCAAGACUUGACUAUAACUAAUGGAAUAUGGAAUGGUUUUGGUGAUGGUGACUUGAUAAUACUGGUCGUUAUGGAAUAGCUUGUUUGUAUCCGUUUAUCGGAAGUGGAUGGCAACAGACGUGCAUAAAAGUACUUUCUCGUCAAAGUAUGUAAAAAUCGAUUGUAUCUAAUUGCAUUUGUCGAGAAUAGGAAUAUUGUGAGGUACAUAGUACAAGAUAAAUCUGAUAAAAAUGGUAUUCUUUUCUUUUGUUUUGAUUUUUUUGAGUGUACGCAGACAGUUUUUCGAGUCCUCGGCACGAAGUUCAUAUAAAUGUAUAAUUUUAUUAAGGCGGAUGAAUAUAAAUGGGAAAUAAGCGAGAGUCACACACAGUUUAUAUAAAACUUUUGUAUUAUUAAAUUGUAAUUUUACGGUC